UAUAUGACCGCCGAGGCGCCGGUUGAUGCUCCUACUCUGGCUAUAUAAAGAGCCAACUCCCAGUCACAACUCACCAGACCCACCAACUAAACAACCGUGUUGUAGCUACAUCAGCAGAUAUUUCAAGAUGUUCAAGGAAAUCUUCCUGCUCUCUGUUAUUGCCUGUGCCGUCCUGGCAACAGAAAACUACUGGUGCCCUAAGUCAGGCGACGCAUUCCAAUGUUUCGAGUCAGCUAAACAAGCCAGAUUUUGUUUGUCUAAUGGCCAGGAGACAAAAACUAUUUGCGGCAAAUGCAGGAAGAAGUUCGAAUUUUGCAGAAACGGCAUGAAAUCCUCCACCAGACCAGAUGUUGACUGUGGCCCAAGUUGGCAGAGUACACCAUGUACAGAUGACAUCUCCGAGGUUCCUACCGUUUUCUAAUCACACAGUUUAUCGUAGAGUUCAACAUGUGAUAGAUCUCCAAACGUCAUCACCAUACAGAAAUAUCACUGUCAAGUUUCAUAACGUACUCAGCCAAUGUUCAAUGUUUUUAUCAUAUUCUUUGUUUAUGUUAUAGCAAUCGCUUAAUUUAUUAUCUUAAUAAA